UGGUUUGCCUGCCAAUGUUAGUAAACCAAGAGAAAUAUCUUGUUUUCUCAAAACCGAACCAGAAGCCUCUGACCGAGACAGAGACUUCAUAACUCCCUCCACCAAUGUGAUUCAGGAGAUGUAAACCUGUCAUUUCUUGGUGUCAUUUCAGGUUAUUGGCAGAACCUCUGUGACGUCCGUUAUAUGGCUCUCAAUCCGUGGUGUUUUUGUUCUUACCACCGUUGCCUCUCCUUUGUUGUUCAGACCCUUGUUCCCGCAAUUCCGAUAGUCAGCUUUGGUUUUCGACUUAGAUCUCGAUCUAAAUUUCUUGUUUCCAUCGUUUUCCCUCUUCUCUAGUCUUCCUCUAGUCGAUAGCGCUUAUGUAGUGUUUAUAGUUCCUUUUCCAUGAGCCAUGAAUUCAAGCUCCUUGGAUCUUAGUGCAGCAUUUACUUCUUCUAGAGUUAUCGAUGUUCCCGAAUGCUUGAGAACUUCCCAGAGUUGAUCAUGAGGCGGGGGAAGAGAGAUUAAUAGAUAGAUUGCUUGAUAUUCUUCCUCCACCCGAACUUAUAAGUUGCAAAGGUCCGAAAGGAUCCUCUGAAAAAUGUCCAGGUUUUCCUCGAUCGUUUUGCAUCUUUCAACCUUGCUUUCAUAAUUUUGAUUCUUUAUUCCUUCUCAAUAGAUCUGGAAGAGUCUUGACCUUGCGGCAUUGUCCCUCUUGCGGCAGAUUUCUUACACAAAUUUGCUCAACCUUUUUCCGAGUAUUCGGAAGUUUUGGAAUCACCCGCUAGUGUGUUUGAUAAACGCAUCAUCUCAAGUUCAAUCUGGAUCUUCUCUUUCAACAGAACAAAAGUCUCAUCCUGGGAAUUCAAUCUGGGGGUUUCGUCUUCCCUGGCUCGCAACCGGAUCUCCGGUACCACCGCCAAACCCUUCUACGCUUGAACGCUCGCUACCCUGAUCAAUGGAUUUUGUAUACAACAGAAGCUUGUUGUGGCGUUAAGUUGGUUUGACCAAAUGGUACACGACGGAUACAAACCUGAUGUUGUGACAUUUACCACUUUGGUCAACGGACUUUGUCGAGAGGGGAGAAUUUCCGAAGCCGUGAGUUUAGUUGAUAACAUGUUAAAGAUGGGGUGUUAACCAAAUGUAGUUACUUAUGCCGCUAUUAUCAUUGGGAUUUGCAAGUCGGGUGAUUGUGCUUUGGCCUUGAAUCUGCUCAUGAAGAUGGAGGAGAGGAACAUUGAGGUCAAUGUCAAAAUUUAUAGUACGGUCAUUGAUGGUCUAUGCAAAGGUGGAUACAUAGAUGAUGCAUUGAGCCUUUUCGAAAAGAUGGAUAGCAAAGAGAUUGCUCCAAAUGUUGUCAUCUAUAGUUGUUUGAUAAACGGCCUUUGCGUUUUUGACAGAUGGAACGAUGCUGUCUGAUUGUUGAAUGAUAUGACCAAAAGAAAAAUCGUCUCUAAUGUUGUCACUUUCAGUGCAUUGAUCGAUGCGUUCCUUAAAGAUGGGAAGUUUUUGGAGGCUAAAGAACUGUACGAAGAGAUGAUCCGAAGAGGUUUAGUUCCGGAUACUAUUACAUAUACUUCAUUGAUCGAUGGGUUGUGCAUGCAGAAUCGCUUUGACGAGGCGAAACAGUUGUUCGAGUCUAUGGUCAAUAAAGGAUGCUAUCCGAAUGCAGUGACUUUUAAUUGUCUGAUAAAUGGUUACUGCAAGUCUAAUAAGGUUGACGAAGGUAUGAAGCUUUUUCAUGAGAUGUCUCGAAGAGGGUUGGUCGGUGAUACAUGUACUUACAACACUCUCAUACAAGGAUUUUUCCGAGCGGAAAAUCCCAAGGUCGCCUAUAAACUCUUUUUAGAGAUGUAGAGACAGGGUGUGGACCCUAAUAUUGUAACUUGCACGGUAGUGCUUGAUGGUCUUUGUAAGAAUGGAAAACUGGACGAGGCACUUGAACUGUAUUGCAAGUUGGAAUCGAGUGGGAUUGACCUCGAUAUAUUUGUCAUAGUAUUAUGAUGAAUGGCUUGUGCAUGGGCGACAACGUUGAUGUGGCACUCGGAUUGUUUAAUAAACUUUCGGAUAAAGGGGUUGAACCAGAUGUAAAGACGUACACUACAAUGAUUUCUGGAUUUUGUGGAAAAGGUUUGCUCAGUGAAGCCGAUAAGCUGUUUAGGAAUAUGAAAGAGGUUGAUUGUAUGCUAGAUGAUUGUACGUAUAAUGUAUUGAUCCGAGUCCGAGGUCAUCUCAAAGGUGGCCAUGUAACAACUGUUAUCGAGCUUAUUCGAGAAAUGCGAAGCUGUGGAUUUUCAUCAGAUGUUUCAACCUUGGAAAUGGUUGUUGAUAUGCUUUCGGUCGGGAGAUUGGAGAAAAGUUUUUUGGAUCUUCUUUCUCGGUGAGCUGUAACGCGGAGGUUGCUUUCAGUCAUGGAAGUCGUGUGACAACGAGUUCGAAAAUCUCUUGGUAGUUGAUCCAACUGAAGAAAUUCCUCUGUAGGCAGUGAAUGAACUUUCCCCAAUCCAAUAAAAUGGUGAAUGAGAAGAUUAGGAGAUGAUGGAAAUGUUCCUGCUAAGGUUUCUUAAUGUUGAAAGAGGAGAGAUUGAUCUUGGAAGCGUUAUUCCUAAAUGCGACGUCGUCUUCAGAUGAUCUUUGAAGCUUCUACCCGAGACUGAAGCUUCACAUGUAUCCGCAAUAUUCAGCUCCGGAUCUUAUUCCACACUUUCAUCAGUUAUAUAUAUAUAUAUAUUCCAUGGUAUAUUUACCCAUUUGACAUCUCUAUCAUGAUGCAUAGUUUACCCAUUUAAACAUAUUCUCCGGAAUUCACUUUAAUUCCUUCAUUCGUAUAUUUUCGUAAAAUGAAUGAUCUUCAUUCAUAUUAGCAACUGCUGUCGGCCAAGGCACAGUCAAACAAGUUUAAGGACGCAUGUAAAUGUAAUAACCGAAAAAAAAAAAGCGAGGAAGAAUCUGCUUCUCUCCAUUUUCGCUGUGACCGCCGCUUCCAUCGAGGGCUUAUAGAAGAAGCCGAAUCGCAAUUUGCUGCCUGAUUUCUCAUCCCGUCUUCGGAUCGAAGCUGAGAUGGCGAGAAUGGUCCGGAGAAUGGGUGCUUUCACAUUGACUUCUGCUUCGAGUCUGGUUCAGACUCAUCAUCGCCUGGGGAGAGGUACUCUGAACACUUUCUCAGAUUGUUCCUCUGUUUUAAGUUGUCGGAGGUUGGCUUCUUCUGGUGUUGAAGAGUACAGAGACAGAUUGAGAUUUGGGUUUCAUGAUUGUAGUAAUGUCGAUGAGGCUGUCGCUUUGUUCGACCACAUGGUUCAGUCUCGUCCCUUGCCUUCCAUCGUUGAUUUUAGUAAAUUACUGGCUGCAAUCGCCAAAAUGAAACAGUAUGAUGUUGUGAUUUCUCUCUGCAAGAGAAUGGAAUUGCUCCGGGUCUCACAUGACAGCUACUCUUUGAGUAUUCUCAUCAACUGUUUUUGCCGCUCAGGUCAAGUGGUUUUGGGCCUUUCGGUUUUGGGGAAAAUUCUAAAACUGGGUUACGAGCCUCAUGUUAUCACGCUCACUACCCUGAUCAAUGGAUUUUGUAUCCAAAGGAAGCUUUCUGUGGCGUUAAGUUGGGUUGACCAAAUGGUAAAAGAGGGAUAUAAACCUAAUGUCGUGACAUAUAACACUUUGGUCAACGGACUUUGUCGAGAAGGGAGAGUUUCUGAAGCUGUGAGUUUAGUUGAUCGGAUGUUAAAGUUAGGGUAUCAACCCGAUGUAGUUACUUAUGGCGCUGUUGUCAAUGGGAUUUGCAAGUCGGGUGAUUCUGCUUUGGCAUUGAAUCUGCUCAUGAAGAUGGAGGAGAAGAACAUUGAGGUGGAUGUCAAAAUUUACAGUAUGAUCAUUGAUGGUCUAUGCAAAGGUGGACAUAUAGAUGAUGCAUUGAGCCUUUUCGAUAAGAUGGAUAGCAAAGGGAUUGCUCCAAAUGUUGUCACCUACAGUUGUUUGAUAAACGGCCUAUGCGUUUUCGACAGAUGGAACGAUGUUGUCCGAUUGUUGAAUGAUAUGGCCAAAAGAAAAAUCUUCCCUAAUGUUGUCACUUUCAAUAUAUUGAUCGAUGCGUUCGUUAAAGAGGGAAAGUUUUUGGAGGCUAAAGAACUGUGCGAAGAGAUGAUUCGAAGAGGUUUAGUUCCGGAUACUAUUACUUACACUUCAUUGAUCGAUGGGUUGUGCAUGCAGAAUCGUCUUGACGAGGCGAAACAGUUGUUCGAUUUUAUGGUCAACAGAGGAUGCUAUCCGAAUACAGUGACUUUUAGUUGUCUUAUAAAUGGUUACUGCAAGUCUAAUAAGGUGGAUGAGGGUAUGAAACUCUUUCAUGAGAUGUCUCGAAGAGGGUUGGUCAGUAAUACAUGUAUUUACAACACUCUCAUACAAGGUUUUUUUCGAGUGGGCAAAGUCAAUGUCGCCCAUAAACUCUUUUUAGAGAUGCAGAGACAAGGUGUAGAUCCUAAUCUUGUAACUUGCACAGUAGUGCUUGAUGGUCUUUGUAAGAAUGGAAAACUGGACGAGGCGCUUGGAUUGUAUUGCCAGUUGGAAACGAGUGGGAUUGACCUCGAUAUCUUUGUCCAUAGUGUUAUGAUGCAUGGCUUGUGCAAGGGUGACAAGGUUGAUGAGGCACUCAGAUUGUUUAAUAAACUUUCUGAUAAAGGGAUUGAACCGAACGUAAACACGUACAAUACAAUGAUUACUGGAUUUUGUAGAAAAAGUUUGCUCAGUGAAGCCGACAAGCUGUUUAAGAAUAUGAAAAAGAUUGGUUGUAUGCCAAAUGAUUGUACGUAUAAUGUACUGAUCCGAGGUCAUCUCAAAGGUGGCCAUGUAGCAACUGUUAUCGAGCUUAUUCGGGAAAUGAGAAGCUGCGGUUUUUCAUCAGAUGUUUCAACCGUGGAAAUGGUUGUUGAUAUGUUAUCGGACGGGAGAUUGGAGAAAAGUUUUUUGGUUCUUCUUUCUCGGUGAGCUGUAAUGCGGAGGUUGCUUUCGGUCAUGGAAGUCUUGUGACAACGAGUUCGAAAAUCUCUUAGGCAGUUGAUCCAACUGAAGAAAUUCCUCUUUAGGCAGUGAAUGAACUCUCCCCAAUUCCUCUGAGGGUUGCAAGCUCUAAUUUGUCUUAAUAAUUUAACUAACUGAGUUGAGUAUUUUCCACGUUUGUAUAAUUUUUUUAAUAAUUUAAAAAUUCAUCGAACUUUCAACUUAGCGAUAUAAUCAGGUAAGUGUCAUUUUCCAAAUAAAAACUCGAAUUUGGA